UCUGCUCUGAAUAUGCUCUCUAAAUGCCAGUCUUUGUGUCUUGCCGAAGACGGGAUCUUGUGUGUUGCGUUGCAUCCUGGAUGGGUACAGACCGACAUGGGAAAUAAACUAGGACCAGCUCCACUGACAAUGGAGCAGAGUUUGCGAGGUAUUCUGAACACCCUCGGCCGUCUCUCCGAGGAAAACACUGGCACCUUUGUUAACUGGGAAGGGAAACUUGUUCCCUGGUGAGAGAACCCAGAAUUUGCUCCACUGUGUUGCAGGGCAAUGUUCUCAUCGAAGGCAACACAACUUUCUCAACUAAUUAUAUUUGAUUGUGUGCGUGUGAAAUAAAAGAAUUAAAUAAAUAAAUAAAUAAAAGAAAUUAAUUAAAACUGUCUCUUUGGUUAAUGAUAUGUCAAGUCAUUUGGAGGCAAUGAUUAUUAAGUUACUCUGUUAUAAAACGUUAAAAGCUGCUUUCGUAUUCUUUGACAAUACAAUAAGUGUAUAAGCCAUCAUAUUCUUGCCUAAAAUGUGUAAUGUUCCUGGGGCUUUUGCUAACCACAAAAUGUGUUCAGUAAAUAGGAUAAGAUAACCUAUCUUAUUCCAAGUUGUUUACAGGCGCUUAUGUACAAGUUAGAUAGGAAGCCAUCUGCUCAGACGAAAGGCAACAGAGAAACCAAAUAAGAGAUAGGGACCUCUCUAGAAAAUGCCAAGUUGACCCUUUAGAACAGUGUUUCUCAACCUUGGC